CAGCAUGAGAGACUUGAGACCUGAUUCUUGGUUCUUCAGCUUUCUGGUUGGCAGUCUAUCCAGGAGCCUCUUUGCCUCUGCAGCUCUUGCUGAGAAUCAGACUUCUAAAGAUUUUGCUCCUGUUAUGAUAGAGACCUUGAGACACAUGUAUGAAUAUGUGCCCACUGCUUUGGACUGGUGGCAUGCAGAGAGGUUCUGUGACCAGCGCUUUGCUCAGCUGCUUUUUGAGCCCCCAGACAGCAAGCAAUCAUCCUUCAGCAAACUGCUGCAGUCCCACCACAUCAGAGGUUCUGUCUGGCUGAACGAAAGGGACGGGGUCCUGCACAAACCAAAAUGGAGACGGAACCAUAUUGUGCCAGUCCUGGUGUUUGGAGUCAAAACAGACACAAAAUAUGUGAAGGUGCUCUCUGACUUCCCAGUGCUGCCUGCUGUCACAGCCUGUGCCCAUCUCCAGUGGGACACCAGGACUCAGGAGAUUGCUACUGUCUUUUCCUAUGCUGUGCCAGCUUUUAUUAACGAAUUCCAGCUCCGUGGCUUUGUUGAUGAGGAAGGCUUUGUCAGAUUUGCUCUCAUUGUCCAUGGGCACCAUUCCCCAUACCUGCCUGUGUUCCGUGCGGAUGGACAGUGGCAUCACUUCUGUGUGACGUGGCAGCAGGAAAAUGGGACCUGGGCCAUCUAUGCUGAUGGUAAAAGGAGGGCAUCGGCCAGCGGCCUGUGUACUGCAGGGCUGGCUGCCCCUCAGGCCAUCUACGGCCAGGGCACUUUCAUAAUUGGGCAGGAUCAAGAUUCCCUGGGGGGCACCUUCAAGGCAAAAGAGUCCUUCAGUGGGAACAUCACGGACUUGCAUAUCUGGCAGAAAGUCCUGAGCAUGGAGCAGAUUGAGAAUGUUCGGUCGUGCUGGAUGGUAGAACAAGAGCUUGUGUUUGGGUGGAGCUUGAAUGCUCUGGAGAUUGAAAGCACUGUUGAGGAAGUGACUGCACAGUUUCUUUGCCCAGGGCCUGUUGAAGAAUGUCGAGUUUUUGAAGUUGGCAGCAGCGCAUUCCGUCACACGUCUUGUUUGCAAUCUUUGCCUUUUAUCUGUCGCUACAGAAAGGAUGCAUAUUGGCAAUUGAAAAAAGCUCAGCUGGAAUCCAGCCAUUUGCUUGUCAGCCAUGUGAACACACUUGCAAAGAGGAUGGUGCAGAUUCCUGAGAACAUCUUUACAAGUAAUGUCCGAGACAUGAACCUCUCUGUCGCUCUCGGUACUCUUGAUGUCCUGGCAACUGUUCUGAGGAAAGAAAUGACACCUGUGGCAUCCUCUGACCUCCUCAUGGUGCUUCAGUUACUAAAGGAAGUUGCUGACGUGGAAGUCCAGGAGAGAGAGGAGCUGGAGAUGCUGGAGCAGUUGGGCCAAUCUUACAUGGAAGUGACUGAGUUAAUCCUGGAAGAGCAGAAUAUUGAAACGUGGUCAUCCAUCAGCCAGGCUGUCGGAGGGCCUAUGGCUGUUGUUGAGCUCUGUGACAGAGUGGUGUCACUUCUGGCCCCACUGCUGACUUCAGGGAGGACAAAGAUCAGAAUCCAGCAUCAAAAUAUUGGGAUAGAGGUCAGGAAGCUGGAGCUGAGCAGUCAGCAGCUGAGCAGUGAGACAUACCUGAUCCAGAGCCCUGAGGAGGACAGGCCUGACUUCAUUGAAAUCCCUGUUGAAGAGAUUCAAAGAUUGAAAGCCAAAGGUCUCCGCAGGGUCACAGUGAAGAACAUGUGGUUUGGCUACAGCUCCCUGCAGCACUGCCUGCCCGGCCCAGGCAGCAGGGCUGCCUUUCAAGACGUGGCCGCCUCCGAUGGAGGACAGAAGUACCUGAGCACUGCGGUGGGCACUGCUGUGAUUUCAUCCACCGUGCUCAGCGAUUACCAGGAGAUAAGCACUUCUGUGCGCUACCAUCUGCAGCACCAUACCCAGGACCUGCCUGAUAAGCUGGUGGGGCCCAUCUGUGCCUUCUGGAACUUCAGCCUCAGCCCGGAUGCUGGUGGGAUGUGGUCAACAGCUGGCUGCUCUGUGGUGACAUCUCUCCCAGAUUCCACUGUCUGUUUCUGCAACCACACCACAAACUUCGCUGUGCUGCUGCAAGUGUAUGAGAUAAAGAGGACCACCAAGGAGGAGCUCACACUGCAAACCUUGACUUUUAUCGGAUGUGGAGUUUCCUUUUGUGCCCUGCUUGUUACCUUCAUUUUAUUCUUGGUGGUUGGUGUCCCCAAGAAUGAACGAACAACUGUACACAAGAACCUGAUCUUUGCAUUAGCUGCAGCAGAAGCUCUGCUCAUGUUCAGUGAAUUGGCCAAGGCCAACCAGGUGCUGUGUUUUCUGGUCACUGCCUUCCUUCAUCUCUCAUUCAUGGCAGCCUUCUCGUGGAUGCUGGUUGAGGGGCUUCUCCUGUGGAGUAAGGUGGUAGCAGUCAACAUGAGUGAAGACAGGAGAAUGAAGUUCUACUACGCGACAGGCUGGGGCCUUCCAGCCAUUAUCGUGGGUGUGACCCUUGCAACUUCCUUCAAUAACUAUGUGGCAGACAACCACUGCUGGCUGAAUGUUCAGACCAAUACCAUCUGGGCCUUUGUUGGGCCUGUUCUCUUCAUCCUGGCAGUGAACACCUUUGUGCUUUUCCGGGUGGUGGUGGUGACUGUGUCCAGUGCUCGCAGGAGGGCAAAGAUGCUGACACCCAACAGCAGCCUGGAGAACCAGAUUGGAAUACAAAUAUGGGCUACAGCCAAACCCAUCUUGGUGCUGCUGCCUGUGCUGGGACUGACAUGGGUGUGUGGGAUUCUUGUCCACCUCAGCAUCAUUUGGGCCUACGUCUUCAUCGUGCUUAACUCCCUCCAGGGCCUUUAUAUAUUCCUGGUCUAUGCAAUCUAUAACAGUGAGGUGCGGAAUGCCAUCCAGAGGAUGAAGGACAAGAAAAAAGCACUCUCAUUCACAAACUGCUCUCAUCCCAUCAACUACUUAUCAAGUCCAAGGAACACCACCUCCUGGGAGACGGGGAAACCGAGUCCUGCAGCUGUGAGUGCCUCUUCAAACCCUGUGCAGAAAGACCCUCCAGUGAAGAACAUCACCAACAGAGGCAACUUUGGAGGCAAAAUUCCCAUGGGGAUUUCAUCAAUCAUGGCACCAGAGAGACCGGCUGUAGAGCUGACAGCAUUCAAAUCCUCAGGUUUCUGAGAGGAGGUUUCUGAGUGCCAUGAAACUGGUGGUUCUUCAAACAGCCAGGAGGAUGGUGGGCAGAGGAGCUGCUUCCCAUGGAGGGCUGCUAACUGUGCUUCUUCUGAGCAUCAUGAAAGCCACGGCAGGACAGGGGCUGCAGGGGGUUCUCACAGGGCCAUUGGGCUCCGUGUGCUGCUGAAGGCACUCCACACAUCCCCAGCACCACAUUGCUGCCAGCGCUGGUUGUGCCACUACCAGAGCUGGUUUCACUUGGAGGAUGUGGUGUGGGAUGCACUGUGCCCAGGGCUGUGCCCACACAGGGGGAGAGCAUCGCUCUGCAGGGCAGGAUUGGUGCUGGGCUGCAUGGGAAGCAUAGGCAUCAGGGAAGACGGCGGCUCGCUUCAAUUCUUUUCUAAACCAGCUGACUUUAAUAGCUUCUUUGGCUGUGUUUUGGACAAGAAAAUCUCCCUUCUCCUCCUGGUUUCCCAUCUGGCUGGUUGCUCCCCCCUCCAGCUGGCGUUAUGUACUCCCUCCAUUCUGUGCCUUGGACUGCUUCUCCUGUUACUUUAUAGUGUGUAGAGCGCAUGAAACGUGGUUUUUUUUCCUGGUUAUGAUGACAGUAAAUGCUGAUUUUUAAAGGCAGCCUUCUCUCCCUGUAAUUUGU